AGCAUUGCAUUUACCUGAAGUAGACUCUUUAAAAUAUAUUAACUUUGUUACCAUCGUAUUCUCAGACAGUGCGGUCGGAUUAUCCCCCUCUUUAAGCGUCGCUGUUUAUGCCGGCGUUUUGCCAACGAUACUUCAGCGCGGCGCCAAGAGUUUCCCUCCGUGCCUCGGCGUGGUAAGGUCCUCCAGCGCCAGGGCGCCUGACGCGCGGGCACGGCGGUGACGGAGCCGAGUCGGUUGGCGGCUGAGGCGGAAGGUUGAGCGGGUCAGUGAGUGCGGGCUCGUCCCCUCCCCUCCUCCCCGUUGUUCUGGUGCUGUGUCUGGUCUACUCCCUCGCCGCUCCAGCCGGCUCCCCGCCCGUUUAAGUCCCUCGCAUGUUUGGAGCAGUACGGCGCUGCCCAUGAGGCGAAACAAGGGAAAGUUUUGGAGAAGGAACGCAGGAAAGUCCCGUCGAUCACUCUCCCAAAGGUGAGGUGAAGACUGCUGCCAAUUCAGUUUAAAAGGAUAUUGUGGAGCAGAGCCUGGGAUAGGGAAAAAGUGCGGACUAAGGAGAAUUCCAUGAGGUUUUGACAGUCGGACUGGAGCUUGUACAGCAGAAGGAACAGGCUACUCCCACAGUUCUCACCUUCAGAUUCCCUUCAAAACCAAGACAGCACUGCAAUGUGGGCCUCCUGCUGCAACUGGUUCUGCGUGGACAAUCAGACGAUGGAUGAACCUGAAUACAAUCCUAGAAGGCAGGCAUACACUAAUGCAGGCUAUAACUCUCAGUCGUCACCACCUGGAUUGGAAAACACAUGUAGAGCUUGUGGUUCUCAAUUUGAAAAUGCUUCGCGGAAGCAUGUAUGUGUAGAUUGUAAGAAGAAUUUUUGUACAUCCUGUUCAAUCCAAUCUGAAAAUAGCCCUAAAAUAUGCCACACUUGCCAGAGGUUUCGUACCACAGACUUCCACCGGGGAGAACUGAUGAAACUGAAAGUGAAAGAAUUGCGCGACUACCUACAGCUGCAUGAAAUUUCAAUGGAGAUGUGCCGAGAGAAGUCUGAUCUAGUAGACUUGGUAAUGGGCCAGCAACCUCAGUCUGUACCAUCCAGUCAGGUGCAUAUUCCUCUAUAUAGAAUGGAUAUGUCUGAGCAGCAGACCUUCAUAUCAAAUGUACACACAGGGACAACAGCAUCUACCUCACAUGAUGCUCCCCCACCAUACGGAGCAACCAAUCCAAAUAGCCUAAGACAUUCUCAGGAAGCAAACCUGAUGAAUGCAGAAGUGACUGGAGGCAAUCAGAAUGAGUCUUCGGCACAAAUUGAGGAAGAGAAUGAGUCUGAUUCAGAGGAAGUAAUUGUCCCAGGGCGGCACAGAGCCUCUUUAUCAGACUUGACUUGUGUGGAAGACAUUGAAGCGCUCUCAGUGCGCCAGCUAAAAGAAAUACUAGCGCGAAACUUCGUAAAUUACAAAGGGUGUUGUGAAAAAUGGGAGUUAAUGGAGAGAGUGACAAGAUUAUACAAUGAUCAAAAAGACCUUCAGAAUCAGGCUGCUGAAUUCAAAACUCAAGAUGGUGGGACAGGAUCAUCAGCUGCUGAUGAGCACCUCUGUAAAAUAUGCAUGGACUCUCCAAUCGACUGUGUGCUGCUUGAGUGUGGCCAUAUGGUCACGUGCACUAAGUGUGGAAAGCGCAUGAGUGAAUGCCCAAUUUGUAGACAAUUUGUCAUACGGGCUGUGCAUGUCUUCAGAUCUUGAGUAACCACAGCUACUAUGAAAACAUAUCAAAUUGAUUGGAGGAGUGCAUUUUCGCAACCCAGAUCCCAUCCUGCUGGUUUAAAACCUCUCAGUCCACCUCUCCUACUAGUAAGACUGUUAACACAUUUCUACUUCACUCAUUGAAAACACCAUUUAGUUGUAUAGAAAGUUUUACAUAAAAAAAAAUAUCAUUUUACCUUGGCUUUGUUUAAAGGGUAACUUGCUAAUCUGCAACACCUUACAUUAUUAAAAAGUAGGGUAUCAAUGAAGGAAAUGGGAUUGGAAAGAAAGCUUAAAGUAAAGAGAAUUUGUUGAAGGACACAGGUCUUGUUUCAUUUGAUGGAAUAACAUUUAGGUCUGAGCUAUUUUGAGGUGUUGCUAAUACCAAAAUUUGGAGGUGACAGUUGUUCCAGGUAUUCAAUGUUUUGCAUGCCAUUUGGUUAACGAAUGGUGUUGACAAAACAUGAGUGCAGGUUGCUGGAGGCAGGGCAAGAAGAAGAUAUUAAAUGUAAGCCAGAUCCUUUUAAAGGAAUUAGUACUUUUGAAGGAUGUACUUGUGGAUUGAGCCUUCAAAGUUUAACAAUGACUGAAGGCAAUUUAGAAAUUGUGGACUUAGUUUUUACUAAUGGUUAGCGGGAGGAGGCAGGAUGGCUCCAUGUAAUGGAAGCCUAUGCUUGAGAAAUUAACGUAGCAAAGAUGUAUGUGCAUUAAAAUGAACAAGAAUUUAUAGAUUAUUGAAACUUCAAAUGCUAUCUGAUUUCAGAGACUACUUGUGUAACAAGCAAAAAAACAUACUUAUUACAAUUUGCACACCUAAAUGUAAGGCAAAACCACUUACACGCACAUGUAUAGGUUAUACUGGGUUGAUAAGAUGCACCAUCCUCAUUAUACCUCAAACCUUAAAACUUAACUCCGUGCAAAGUUGCAUGGUUCCAUAUCACUUGUACAGUUCUGUGCAAUCAGAAUCUUUCCUAUUUUUAUGCACAAUGUAGACUGAGUAUGCCUAAAGAUCAGUAGAAAUGCACAAGUUAAAAAGUAAACAAGAUUUGUCAUUUAAGUCUAGUCUGAUCUUUAAAUUUGCAUUUAUCUCCAGUGCAAUAUUGCCGGUGAAAGUUUACAAGCAUAUCAAUAAGGCUAAAGUUAAAAUAAUGGAAGCUAAAAUAAUGUGCUCUGUUAAAUCAGUUAAGAUUAACUACUACCAGCACUCAUAUCUCAUAAGCAUUCCAUCUUGUUGUUCAGAUGCUGCUUUCCUUCAGUUUGCAGUUAUUACCCUAUUAUCUGAAUUUAAAUUAAGUCAAUGUCUUUUCCCUCUUAAACCUUUCAUUUUCAGUUCCUUCCUCUUUGCCCACUCUCCCCAGCUGCAAAAUGAACACUUCCAGCAUCUGGUACAAUGUUUGAGUGUGUUUUUUAUUCAAGAAUUUUGGAAACUAGUGCCUUGAAGUAGUCUUACUGUACAGGAUUUUUUUUUUGCUGGUUGGGGUUUCAACAUGCAAAUAUUAUAGAUCGCUAAUGUUUGGAUUAUAAUCAAUCUGUUAAACCUCUUCAGACCAUUAAUUGUACUGGACCUGUGGCUGUUUUGAUGAUGCAAUGGUGUACCUUUCGUCCAUCUGCAUGGUUAUGUUUACUGUUUCCUCCUUCAGAUAAAGCUGUUUUGUUUUUGGCCCAUCUCCUUCAAAUUCAUCCCAUUCAUUUAAAUCUGUUCCCGAAUUCAAUCUUUGUUUUGAUUGUAGAAGCUGACUAUCCAUUUAUCUGAGAUGGUGCUACUUGUAUCUUGAAAGUAAUAACUGGAGGAAGGCAUGAUGGUUAAAGUCCUGGUUAUUGGGUUUACAUUGAUACAAACUUUUGGAGGGUCAUAUGGUGCCUAGACCAGAAUGUUUCUAAAUUUUACUUUUAAUGCCAGUCACAUCUUCAGCACACAUCAAAAACACAUGUAUAUUGGUCUCCAGUAAGUAUUCUACAAGAGGCUUUCCAUAUGAGUAACACAAUAUCUCCCCAUUACUCUAAAAUGGUGGAAACUGAUAUUUUGCCACAAAUCCUAUUUCUAUUAUAUACAUUAUGGAGAAAUAGUUUAAUUUCAUGGGAAGAAGUGCAACAUGUAGUCACCUUCUCUUCCAUAAAUGCUGCUUUGAACUUGUCUGUACUUCUGCAAGGCAAUUUUAUCUUCAAGUUUCCCACUUUCUCCUUACAUUCUCCUUACAUCCCUAACCUCUCACCACACCAACCCCUCAUUCUUUCUCAUCCCACCCCACCUAUCAUGUGAAUUCUACUUGAGUGCAUGCAUUUUUGAUAGACCUAGUAUGUUGGGCGGGAAUGUCUGCUGUUGUGAGCAUGGUUCUCCAAAUAUAGAACAUAUUGUCUAAAACACAAAGAAACUAUAGUGCUGCUGAGAGAAUGGACUGAGGUUCUGUUGGAUGCAGUACAAUAUCUGGAGUGACAACUCAUGAAGGCUUCAUAAUACAAUAACAAUAAGGCUGGAAUUUUCCCAAGGCCUCUCCUAUUCUGCCAUUGCGACUGGGCAAUUUGAGGUGUGAACAGGAUAUUCAUUCACCUUCAAAUGAGAUUGGUCCCAAUUUAUUUAAACAUCCAGUUUAUUUGUGCAAAGUAAUUUAUGUAAAAACUGUAUUUUGAUAGAAAUAAGUCUUACUGAGGACUGCCUUUGUUGAUCACUGAACUUUUUACAACUAGGGUAAAUGACUAAUUGCAGAUUUAUACAAUUUUAUACUAUUUGAUGUCAGCUUGGUUUUUACAUUUGGAUUAUCUCUGCUUUUAGCUUUCUGGAAAAAAGAUUGCAAAAGCAUUAUUGUUGAAAAACGCUGUCAAAAUAAGCACCUAAUAGACAAACUACUGAAGAUUUACCUUCAGUUUUACCCUCUCCACAAAUAUGAAUUUUCAGUUGUACUAGUCUCCAACAGAAAAUUUUAAGUGAAAACUCCAUCCGUUUUGUUGAUUCAUGGGUCUCGAGGACAUUUUUACCUUUCCCGUACUAUGAAGUCCGAAGUCCUUUAGCUUGGCUUCUCUGAAGUUCAUGUUUUUGCAAAUUGGCACAUCUUAGAAAAAUCAUUAUGGUUCUGUCAAGAUUUUUUUUCAUUCAGCUUUACUUUUUAAUGAUUUGUGUAUUUGAAGUGACUAAGAUUCUGAUGGUGCUUUACUUUUGAAAGCAGACCCUUGGGGAAAGUGGACAGGAUGUUUGGGGGAGAUUUUUAUUUCUCCCUGUUCAUCCCUAACAUCCACUGAAUAUUUAAUAUUGCCUGAAGUGCCUUAGACAUUGCUUUCAUCUGCUCACUAAUAGAGUGGAAACUGAAGAAUAGUGCUAUUUUUAUAGAGAAUGGAAAAUAAAACAGACGCCCAUUGAUUCCAUAGGCCCAGAUACAUUAAAGGGGAUGGAACAUUGCCAUGUAUGAUUAUGCAGUCCCUAUCUGUUUCAUAGAAGAACAUAAUAUGAGCUGAUUUCUGUUGUUGAUCUGGCCAUGUCAGUGGCUUCAGCAAUUUGAUGGCUUCUACAAAACAAUGGACUUCAAAUCAUGCUGAGUGUCACUCUGCAGGCUGUGGAGCAGGCUUCCCAGUCCACAGAGGUGUGCUGUUUCCUGGAAUCCAGGUACCUGAUGUCACAACAUUUAAUGCAAAGACAUUGCCAUUCUGUUUUGACAGUCUAUGGAAAUUUGCUUCUUGUGGACACACAAAUUGACAGGUUACCUGCAGUGAUUUUAUAUGUGUGGCAUUAUUUGUUGCAUUGCCAUUGCAUUUUAACUGUAGUGUAUUCAGCAAAACGAGGCAGAGAUUGAAGGAAUACUGUCCAUUGCACCAGCUCUCCUUAACUGUUUGUAUUUCAUGCAAGCAUUUUCUUUCAAUUCUUCCAGAAUUAAUAAAUUGUGUUGUAAAUUCUCUAAAUGAAACCCAUAGUGGAAACUUAACAGACUAUCUGGUGCCCUAUGACACCAUGUUACGUUGUCCACUUUUAAAACUUUUCAGGAUCAACUUUUGUUUUUUUAAAGUUGCCAUUUAAAAAAAUAAUUUAACCGUGUAACAGCAUGAAACUUAAAUUAAAUCAGGGAAAAUACAAGGUGAAGAGACCUAUGCUAAUACAAAUAAUUUUUUCACUAGAUUAAGAUUGCAAUAUUUUAUCUGGGCUUUUGUUCAUUUUUUCCCCCAUUUCAUUUUGUAAUAAAGCAGUUGUUUUAUUGCAGAAGCAUAAUUGGUGAUGUGAUUUUCAAAAAAUCAAAUAGAAAAUGUAGCUUGUACUAUAAAAACUGGUGAUUAAGGUAUAUUUACAUGGGAAAUGCAUAUCUCUCAUCGAAUGUAUAACUUCAAAAUGUUUAAAGCAAAUGUUUUUGUUUAUAUUAAAUAUUAUUUUAAAAAAUAAGUGUGAAUGUAAUAGCAUUGGAUGGAUUAUUUCCCAUAGCAACUGAUCGAGUCAGGAGCAGAAUUAUGCAAAAAAAAUAGGUCAUUAAAAAAAAUUGCUUCACUUCCUUCAUUGAAAGUACAGCUUAAUGAAAUUUAUCUUCAUUUUGGGCGUUUAAUGUUUCUGUUUCACUGAUGCAGGAGAGAAGUUCUGCUGAGUACCGAGUAGACUCAAUUCUUAUGAUUGAAUGGAUUUUGGUUAUCCAUCAUAUUAUCUAGACUGAAAAAUAUUGUCUAUUCUGAUGAACUAGAAAUUUAUAUAUAUAUAUAUAUAUAUGGAUAAUUCUUGAAAUUCCAUAAUUUUAAAGCCUUUUAAAACUUGUACAGGAUUUAGAU